AUGGCGUUGCGAGUUCCUCGACCUGACGGAGCAAUGGACGUUGGGGACGCUGCUUUGGUGAGAUUGGCUGUGGACGAGGUGCACGAUCCUGCCACAGGUCAAGUUCUUCAACAUCACAUCCCCAGCGGCGUCCAGUUCCUCAUCAACGCCCUCAGACAGGCCUUUGGACAACAGGAUCAAGACCUAGCCACGCAAGCCCUGGACAAGUUCUUCGGAUUGAGCCGAGGCAAGAUGUCGCUGGCCGAGUACUCUGUGGAGUUUGAAGCUCGGUUUGAUGAAGCACAUGACCGAGCAGGCUUGGUGAUGAACGACGUGGCGAAGUUCUACCUGUUCUUCAAGAACUCUGGCCUGUCCAACAAGACGGUGGACGACAUAAAGCUGCAGGUGCAAGGGGACUAUGCGAGGUUUCAAGAUGCUCGACAACUUGCACUGCGGCUUUCCCCGAAUCGCUCAGAACAUGAUGGAGGUGAUGUCUUCUAUGGAGAAGCCCAUGAGCAAGACUAUGAGGAGGAGAUGCAGUCUUACUGGUAUGAUGGCUGGUACGACGAUGGCGAAGACUGGGAUUGGAGCUACUAUGCAGACGACGGCAACGAAGGUGACUGGUACCACGAGCCUGAGGAGAUCUACUACGAUGAGCCUGGCGAGUGGUACUACGAUGAUGAAUGGUGGCCGGAUGAUGGAGUCCAACAUGGAGUUCAACAACCUUCGCAACAAGAUGAGGCCGCUGCCAAUCCUGAUUCAACAUCGUCGGAACAGCCUGCGGAGGAGUACUACGGUGGCAAAGGAAAAGGAAAGCAUAAUGAUGGAUGCUUCCGAUGUGGCAGCAAAUGGCAUAUGGCGAGGGAUUGCCCUAUGAAUGGACCUCCCAAAGGACAUGGCAAAGGCAACGAAGGGAUCCCCACUACAUCCAAACCGAGCUCUUCACAGACACAGGAGUUCUACGUUGGAACCCCUCCUGCUGCGGAGGACUUCAUGAGCAUUCCUCGUCCUGCCCGACGUGCCACUUCCAGCACUGAGGAGUCCGAGACAGCCUACAAGACCAUCGAGAAGCACCAGCACGAUGCGUUCAGCUUCGCCUUCAACUACUAUGAGGCUGUGGACUACUUCAUGGUCAGAGGAGAAAAGAGACGAGGGCUCAUCAUCGAUCCUGGAGCUGCCAGUGGCUUGAUCGGGUCUGAAACCUUGAGAGACUUGAUCGAAUCCUGCGUGAAGCCCUUUGGCAAGGAGGUGAAGAUCGAGACGGACAUCUCAACGCCUGUCUCUGGCAUCGACGGCAAGUCCGACAGAACUUUGGGCCGUGCAGUUGUGCCACUUCUCACUGCCGGCAAGCCGAUCACUUUCACUGGAGAGAUCAUCGGUGCAUGGCGAUGGCUCACUUUGUCCGGCCUUGCCAUCAUGUUCACAAGCUGGUUCGAAAACGGCGAUGGUCUCUUGGUGAUCUGUCCAAAGGAAGAGCCUGAGAUGCUACGACUCCUGCUGACCGACAGCGGCCACUACAUCCUCCCGACCGACACCAACACUGCGGCCGAGGUCUCCCAGAACGACAAGAAAGAGGUCACGCUGUUUUGCACGAAGGUGGCCAAUGCCAGCUCAAAGAAAUGGAAUGACGUCAGCUCCCGGGUACUUCAUGUCUUCACUACUACGUGUUCUACACCGGUGGUGCAGGCGGAAGGUAACCGGAUGAGUUCCACCUUGACUACAACUCCAAGAUCGACGACAACCAGUGCCGACACCCUGGAAACUCCCGAGAAGGUGAAAAAGACAGUCCACUGGGAAGAUCAAUGUGGAGGAGCUGACAACAAUCAGACCUACGACGAGAAGAUCACGGCUGGCACCAGCGAUGUUUCACACAACAAUGGCAUUUUGCCAUCUUCCUCUUGUGCAGAGGACCACGGACACCACGAACGUUUUGACAAUUCUCCAAAACCCUGCAGUCUCACACCAACUACCAUUUUGGAGUUGGAGCAGAAGAACAACCAGAUCCAGGAGCACGACAUUGAGCCCAAGAUAAAUGUUGUCGACAACUACCACUCCAGCGACUUUCCUGGCUACUCCGGUGACAUGCUUCCAGAGAAUGUGGACCACACCAAAAUGACCAAACGCUACAAAGCCAUCAAGGAGGAGUUCUACACUCGCACAGGUCACAAGCCUGUCACUCCCUACAACUUCAAGAAAUGGAUGGCGAAGAUGAAAGGCCGUGGCGUCAAAUGGCACUUUUGGGAAUGGUUCUCAGGAUCUGGAAGAUUGUCUUUGACCAUGCUACUUGCUGGACUCUCAGUAGGUUUUCCAGUUGACCUACGUUAUGGUUGGAACAUCAACGAUCUCUCUCAUCAGGCAAUGCUUCGAGAAGCACAAGCUGAAUUCCAACCAGGAGUCCUGAUGUGCGCACCAGACUGCGCGCCCUGGAGUGCGGCAUCCAAUUCCAAGGAUCCCCAAGUACGACAAGCCGAACGAGAUCGCGAUCAACCUGGCAUCGACUUCACCCAGAACUCUUGUGAGAAGCAAUCCAAACAUGGACGUGGCUUCGUGGUGGAGCAGCCAUAUGGUUCGGCGAUGUGGACUGAUGGCCUACAACUGGAAAACAUCCAAGACUACCGCAAGAAGCAGCGUGUGGACCAAUGCAUGCAUGGAGCAGUGGACGAGGCCUACAACCCAGUCCAGAAGGCCACAGGCUUAGGCUCCAACAUCAAGUUCAACAAGACAGCCAUUCGUUGCGGAGGACACAAAGGACGCCAACAUGCACAUCUCUGUGGACAAGUUGGCGGAGUGAAUCGCACAGCCGCUGCAGCUGUGUAUCCUCGUCAGAUGUGUCAACGCAUGAGGCUGGACAUCAUGAACUUUCUCCACAAGCGAAACCUGAUGAAUAUCAAGACCGAAAGCUUCUACGAGUGCAUCAGAUGCCAAUUGGGCAGAUUCUGCCCGAAAGGUGUUGACCACACCAUGGUUCCAGGUCAAUGCAGACACGGACGUUAUUCUCCGGGAACGCAUCCACGGCAGAGAUCCUCGGCAUCAGCAGCAGACCCAAUAUCUGACUGGAAGAAGGUCGCCGAUCGUGAAGCUCUUGAACAAGUUGAUCUUCAAAAUCACCUGGAGCACGAACUCACUGUGGAAGAUUCUCACUACUUGAAGAAGCUCUUGGUGGAGACGAUCAACAACGCCCUUGGACUCUUCAAUGAGGCAUCCAACAGGAAGAUCGACUACAGUCACUGGGUAGACAACCCUGUGGCCAUGGCGCUCUUCAAAGAGAUCUUCAAGGACAUCAUGCAGGUCAAGGGCAUCAAGGUCGAGCUUCGACCCUUCUCCAGAACCACUGCUGAGCCAACUCUGCCUAUGUCAUCUGCCUAUCUUCGGCUUCCAGUUCAAGGACAUGUGAAGGCUUGGACCAUUGGCCCUGUGGAAGACAUGCGCGAGAUGAGCUUCAGCCAGAUCAACGCCGACAUCGAUGAAGCCGAUUGGAUGGUGACCCUCUACGGUGUGGAACAUGACGCAGUGCCAGCUCCAUCCACACCGGGUUCACAUCCACGCGCACUACCUCCACAACCAGCACUUCCUCCACGACAAGAUGAUGCAGCUUUGGUGCCUCUUCCAGAAGUUCAAGAACGCCCUGGAGAUCCUCAAGAAGCAGCUGCUCGACUUCCAAAACUUGUGGCUUCAGGUGAUCUCGCGGUGGCCAAACGACUUCUUGUUGGACUACAUGAACGACUGUGGCACACCCCUGUGAUGGACUUCACCAACCUGCUCAGACGAGCUGGACAGCCACAAGAAGUGCUUGCGUUGGCCUCAGAAGCAGUGGCUGGAUGUGUGGUGUGCCGGAAGUUUGUCAGACUUCCAAACCGUCCCCAAGUUCGAGCUGGAGGAGCCACCGUGUUCAACGACACGAUCCAGCUUGACCUGUUCGUGCUCGACGGCACCACCUACCUGCUGAUCUUGGAUGAAGCCACUCGCUUCAAAACCUGUUCAGUUCCUGAAGGCCAAGAAUCAGAACAGCUCCUGAAGAGCCUUUUCACAAGUUGGAUUCAGAUGUUUGGCCCGCCGGCCAGAGUAGUCCUUGAUCAACAAGCAUCUUUGAUGGGACACGAGACUGGACUCAGCAUCAUGCGGUGCCCCAGAGGAACUACUCAAGGUCAUGGCGCUGAUCAACACACAGGAACUGGACUGGUGGAAAGGCACGUGGAGUUGAUGAAACUCACCAUUCAGAAACUACGUGCUGAACUCCAACGACAAGGACUUCAUCCUGAACCAGAAGAACUGGGACAAGAAAGCGCAAUGGCGCACAACCAGACCAUCAACUACGGAGGUGCAACACCCUGCAUGAGCGUGCUAGGAGUUCUUCCUCGCGGUUUCUAUGACCCUGAGUCUGCUGGAGUGAUGUCCACUCAUGGAGCUCUUCAACGAGAUCUUUCGACCUUUGAACGAGCCCUACGAAUCAGGCAGACAGCCUUAGCACAGACCCAGCAGAGCAUCAUAGAAGAUCGUGUGGCACGCGCAAAUCGACAUCGUCCGCAUCAACUCAACUUGGACAAGAUGGUUGCAGGGGUGACUGAGGUGGAGUACUACCGCGAAGUUGCUGGAGACCCUGGAUGGCGUGGACCUGCACUUCUACUUCGAAUUGAUCAGACAGCGGCACAGCAGUUCAUCCGACCCUACAAGGGCAUCUACCACUUCGAGCGAACCAGUCCAACAGCAGAACAAGAUCUACGCAACUUGAUGAAGUAUGUGGAAGGACUCUCCGACUACAAGUCCUAUACAUUGUUGGCUGGAUUCGUCGUGGACAAGAUGGCCAUGACAAAGAUGCCCUUGCAUGGAGUCAUCAUGGGUCGAGCACUUCGCACCUUCAAGCCUCCGAACAACACCAUUGGCAAGCUCAUCACUUGGCUGCAAGGUGGAAAACUCUUUUCAGUGCAAGAGCACAAGAACUCCAACCACCUGCGCAUGAAGAAGGUCUCCAACUACUCUCGCGAAGAGACAUGCAUCAUCUACUUCUACUACUACCUUCCUGAUGGAGAAGCACACUUCGAGCCGAAGCCCAAGAACCAACCAUCAGGACAUCAACCUGUUCCAGUGCAACCGCAGCAACCUCAUUCCUUGCCACAACCUGAUGUAGAGGAAAUGGAAACAGACAAUGCCCAGAAGAAGAGAGAUACCUCUGAAGCCGGCAUCAACAACAACCCUGAGAAGAAGAAACAGAAGAUUGCCAUGAUGAAGAAGGACAUUGCCUUUCUCCAAACCUACUACAUCAACAACACACGGAACAAGAUCAUCCUGGACUUCCCUGAGGAAUAUCAACAUCGACAACGAACCAGUUCGCAUCUCUUCCAGAUCAACUACAAGCUCAGCAGUCCUGCCUCGAGCUCUGCCUGCCUCCGUACAGCUCAGAUCUUCAAGGUCGACGAGGAGACAGACAACGUGACGGAGGAGAACAUCACGCCUGAGAUGUGGCCCAAGGUUGAGGAAGCUGAUCGAGCUGAGAUUCGACAGUUUGUCGAAGAACGAGCCUUCAAGAAGAUCCACCGCGACCAGUUCACAUCUGACAUGGUCAUCAUCGAUGCUCGAUGGGUACGGAAGUGGAAACGAUACCCAGACAAGUCGGUCAAGAUGAAAUCCAGACUCUGUGCUCGAGGCUUCCUGGACCAGCAGAAGGACCUCCUCACGACCCGUUCCACUACGGCAACACGUCUGUCUCAGAGGCUGUUGAUCUCCCAAGCUGCCCGAAAGAAGCAGCGCACUGUCGAGAGCAUUGACAUCGCAGGUGCCUUCCUCAAGGGCUUUUCUUUUGCUGAGAUCCAGAAGGCCCUGAAGCAGUUGGGAGUUGACGCUCCUCAUCGAGUGGUGAUCAUUUUGCCCCCUUUGAAUGUCUUCAGACACCUGAGCGAAUUGAGCAGCGACUUUGCUGGCAUGGACGAGGUGACGGCAACCCAGUACGGCCUCUUGUGCACGAAGCCCGUCUACGGUCUCAACGAUGCACCUCUUGCUUGGCAACUUUGUCUGCACCAAUUCAUCAAAGCUCAAGGAGGCAUUGGAUCACAUUUGGAUGACUGCACUUUUCUUUGGAAGGAUAAGGACUCUUCUUUGACUGCGAUGGCAACAACUCAUGUGGAUGACAUUGCAAUGACUGGAACCACAUCCUGGAUUGAUGACAUGGCUGACAACAUGGUCAAGCGCUUCAAGAAGGUGAGCCGACAGAAACUUCCCUUCGACCAUUGUUGUGGCUGUCGCUAUGAGAGAACUCCUGCCGGUACAAGAUCCAUCAACGAAGAGACAUCUACGUUCCGCUCCAUUUUAGGAGCCCUUUUGUGGAUCACCGCAACUCGACUGGACGUGAUCGCUGAUGUCUCAGUUCUACAGAGCCGAGUGACCACAGCAGAAGUCAAGGACAUCAAGCAGGCCAACUCCAUCCUCAUCAAGAUCCGCGACUAUGCCGAUCUGGGCUUGCACUAUCGCAUCAUGGAGAACCCCAACGGCAGAAGCUAUGCACAGGAAGGCCUGAUCAUCGGCUUGGCAGAGGACAAGUUCUAUGGCACCAACAUGCCGAACGAGGUGGAGUUCAAGGAUGGCUAUGGAGAAGGCACGGUGGACCAACAUGGUGGAACACUUCACGUUCUACAUGCUUCAGGCUCCAAGGCAAAGAGAAUCUCCUACUCUACAAGUCAUGCAGAGACGCUGUCAAUGGUGGGAGGCAUGGAAGCAAGUACCUUGGUGAUGGUUCGACUUGCAGAAUUUCAUCACCCAAAACCUCAACCUUCCAUCAAGGAGUUGAUUCAAGUUCAAGAAGAAGGAGAUCCGCGGCUGCCCAUCGACUUCUACGGCGACUGCCGCGACGUCUUCGAGCUCACCACUGGCUUGCGCACUCUGCCACAGGACAAGUCACAGAGACUGUACAUCCUGAGUUUAAAAGAGUGCCGCCUGUCUGGUCGCAUGCGCCUCUUGACAUUGAUUCCAACACAGUGCAUGCCAGGAAGGGUUAACCGGAAGCUUUUCUGGCACCGGCAUCUUAGCACUGCAUCCUAG